CGUACAACCACUUACAAUUUAAGUACGACAGUAUCAGUUGAAAAAGAGUUGCCUACCAGCUUAUCACGGUAUAUAGAAAAUAGGUCUGUUCGUUUAAACACUAGUACUGCUCGUUUAUAUAACGAAAUGUUCCAUGGAGAUGAGCAAAAUGUGGCCACUGAUGUAUUAGCUUCAGAUUCUACGAGAAACAAAGCUUUGAGGGGCAAACAACUUGGAGUUGUUUCAUCUUUUCUAAAUUCAUUUGAACAUAAUCAAUCAUUCCCAAUGUUACCAAAAAACAAAAAGGAGAACAGACUUGCCAAAGGAUUGAAUAAGUUUACAGGAAAAGAGAUAAAUGCUUGUACAUUUUCCCAAGAUCAUCUCGCAAAUUUCAACCCUGCUGAUUUUCCUUCAGUUGAUUUGGAAAAAUCUUUUUCUUCCUGUAUUUCUAAAAGCAGCUCCAGACCACACUCAAGAUUAUCAUUAGGCGGAUCAUGGUCUUUCAGCAGUUUUAUAAACGCAUCAGACAAAAUCAACCCUAGUGAUAUUAAGCCAAUAAACAAAGCAGUGUUCACCAUAGAUGCUGAAACUUCUCAGAUCUUAACAGCGAACACGAAUGCUUGCAUUAUGUUUGGAUAUAAUGGAGGUUUUGUGAAUGUGAAACUAACGAACUUGUUAAAGAAACCGUCUCCCGGCAAACCUGGAAAAGAAGCUCUUUUACGUGAUAUACAUGAUGUGGAGGGGAAUGAGGUGGUCAUUGCUGGCAAAGUUAUGGAAGCAGUGACAAAACAAGGCGAUGUAUUCGCAGUAUCAGUGUGGGCACGUAAGGUUGAAGCAAACACUGAACAACCUCGAUGUCUCGUCAUCUUGCAACCAGUUGUUCGGGUGGUUGGGAAGUUUCAAUUCAAUCAACAGGGUGACAUAUUAUCUUGUGAUGAUAAAUUCGGCCACAUUCAUGGAUACAGUGACAAUACAUUGUUGUCUAAAUUGAAGUUGCAACAACUGAUGCCUUCAUAUGAAAUGCCAACUUCUUCGCGAAUAAGCAAGGGUGUACGGAAACAGCAAGUUACAAGUACGACCUUAGAUGGUCAAAAAAUACCAAUCUUGGUUUACAUCAUUAAUCAAACAGAAUCUGAUACUGACGCUACAGUGAUCUACUCAGCAAAUGUGUGGUAUUUUACCGACAUCAACGGAAUCCUUGUAUGUCAUCCUUGUGGAAAGAUAAAACAGAUCAACACCAACUUUUCACUUGCUCUCAUGGGAUAUACUGCCAGUGAAAUGUGCAAUAAGAAUAUAAGAGAUGUGUUGCCGGACAUUUCCUCCUCAGCGGAACCAUGUAGCAUCAAACUCGAUAUAAGCGAUGAUGAAGUUGCUUUGGUGAAGGCAUGUAGUGAAGACAGAACACCAAACGAACAGUUUUCAGCCACACUUAUAGAAAAGCUUUCAGAGAAUGAAACUUUGCAAACUUCAAGCUGUGAACCAUUUGAAAUGAUCUCGAACGCUACUGCAGGAAAUCAACAAGUGAGCAGUUUUACUCACAUUGAUUUUACGUUGUCUGAAAAACAACAAAGUACGGCUGACCACAUCAAUUCUUUGCUAUCUGGAAGUUGCUCUGAAUCUCUUGGUUCUGAUGUUGAUCAUAAUGGUUCAAAUAUUCCAUACAAACAUGACUUAGAGGGCAACAGUUCAUGGGUGGAACUGACGUUGAACGAAGGAAAUCCUUCAAAUGCAAAAGAUAAAUUGUCUCAGAUAAAUGCUGCGUUGAAUGGAAGUUUACAUUCACAACCAACAGUCAAAGAUAAAACUAGGAGUCCAGAUUCAGCCGUUCACUCGUCUUCAGAAACAACAGAAUCUUCAUCGACCCAGGAAAAUAAAGGAUCAACAAAAUCUUCGUUCUCAGAUUAUCAUUCACGUGAUGGUUCACCUGCUCAUGUGUUCAAAUCAUCCGCGAAUACAUCACAACUUGCCAAUCACCCGAAACCUAACGCACUCUCAAAGACGAUCAAUAUAACGUCCACACCCAUUGAUGGCUUGCUAAGAUCAGAAUCACGAAUGAAAUCAACUUUGGAUCUUCCACUUGGUAUUUUCAGUGGUCAACUAAGACACAAGAACAAUACCUUAAUACCUGUUACGUAUGAAAUCCAAAAUGAUGAAAAUGGUCAAUUGUUUUAUGUUCGAAUAAGUUUUACAACAAAUUACUCCCAUGAUCCCAACCAAACAUUAAGCAGCAGUUUCAACUCAACACUUCCUUCAUUAAAUGCUUCUGCAGUUAGUGGUAUGCUCGAUUAUUCACUGGGUGCUGCUAUAAAGCAAGCAGCAGAGCAGCGAAACGGAAAUGUUUCACAUGAAAUUGAAACACCGGAGGGCAAUGAAGAGUGGAACGCAAUGCAAGGAAAGUUCAAAGAGUAUUAUGAUGUCAUAAGGACAAUUGGAAACGGAGCGUUUGGUUUUGUUCGAAUGGCAAAGAGAAGAAUAGAUGGUAAAAAGGUUAUUGUAAAAUUCAUCAGAAAAGAGAAAGUCCUGGAUGAUUGCUGGGUGGAUGAUUAUGAAAGAGAAGCAACUAUUCCACUGGAAAUAUCUCUGCUUUUCAAGUUCAAUCAUCCACACAUUGUAGAAGUUGUGGAGUUUUUUGAGAACGAGAAUUUCUUCAGCAUGAUAAUGCCAACGCACGGAACACAAGGAUUUGAUUUAUUUGAAUUUAUUGACCGUGAACCAAAGUUGGAUGAAGCUCUUGCAAGUUAUAUAUUCCGUCAGGUUGUUUCUGCUGUCAACUAUUUACACCAACAAGGUGUAGUUCAUCGAGAUAUCAAAGAUGAAAAUGUCAUUAUUGAUGAAUGUUUCCACUGUAAACUGAUUGAUUUUGGAAGUGCUGCGUUCUUUGAAGAUGGUAAAAAGUUUUCAACAUUUUGUGGAACCAUAGAAUACUGCUCUCCUGAAGUUCUUCUCGGUAACAGCUAUAAGGGUCCGGAGUUGGAGAUGUGGGCACUUGGUGUAACUCUAUACACGCUGGUUUUUGGUGAAAACCCCUUUUUGACCGCAGAAGAUACAAUUGAAGCGAUUUUAAAACCUCCAAAUCGAUUGUCAGAUGAAUUAAUGUUUAUAAUACAAUGGCUACUUCAACCUGUACCCGAGCACAGAUGCACAAUGUACGAUCUAUUAGAAGACCCUUGGUUAAAUAUUAUAAUCGACCCGAAGGAGUAUAACUGGGAAGAUGUGGUCCCUUCAGCAGGCCAAAAAGAUGUAUCUUACAACGGUGCAAUUAAACCCAAAAUGGAUGAUGAUUGUGUUGAAGAUUUUGAUUCUGACGAUAAUGAACCACUAGCUAAUCAAGUAAAGUGUUGGGUGAAUGAGCAUAAGAAGUUUGGAUUAAAACAUGGAAAAAUGGACCCAUCUGGUUUGGAUAAAGAUGAAAACAUUUUUCCACUUACACGAUGCUUGGAAAAUAUAAACCUUAAUCAUUCCAUUUAAAUUUCACUACAGCAACAGUGUUACUAAAACUGAUAGAGUAGGUGCAAAUACCCUGAUUUGCUGUAUAUUUUUAUAAGCCUUCUUCUAGUUUUUUGUAUUUUUUUAUGUUUUACCUUGUAGAAAUAUUAGGUGCAAAAAUUAAACGUAUCUUUAAAAAUCGGAUUAUCUGCCAUUAGUAAUUAAAACUGUUAGUUGUAGAUUUUUACAAUUUAACAAACUGAUUUGGGAAUGCUGCAUUAUGUAUUUUGAGUUGAAACAUUUCUUCAUUAAACCGUUUGUGAACGAAGUGUUACUGAUCUAUUAAAGAAGUACUGUGAAAUGUUUUAUUUGUAUAGUGACAAGCUGCCGUUUCGAUGGAUCAUGUGGGUGUGAAAUGUUUUAUUUUCGUACCCAUUUGUGUACUUGCGUACAGGCGCAAUAAAAACGAUUGAUGUCUUAA